AAGGAUUUUCUUUUUUUUAAAUAAAACCACAGCUAAUUGGAAAGAGACAACACCAGCAAAGCAAGAACACUUCACACUCCUCUCCACCAGGUGACGCCCCUGACCCAAACACUUAAAUACUGCGCAGGACGAAGUUGGCGUGCAGCAGUGGUUCUGUGGUGUGCAGACUGUCUGUGGUACAGAGUUGAGUGAACUGUCUGUAAAUUAAAAGUGUGGACAUGUCGGGCAGCAAGCUGAUGAAAGCGAUCCGAGUGAGUGAGUUUGGAGGUCCGUCUGUGCUCAAACUCUCCUCCGAUGUGAACGUCCCCAAACCUGGACCCAAACAGGUCUUGAUUCGAGUUCAUGCGUGUGGGGUGAAUCCAGUGGACACGUACAUUCGGAGUGGGACAUAUGUUAGAAAGCCUGCGCUGCCCUACACACCAGGGAGUGAUGUGUCGGGGGUAGUGCAGGAUGUGGGAGAGGGAGUGUCUGGCAUCAAGAAAGGAGAUCGAGUUUUCAGCACCUUCACAGUGACUGGAGGCUAUGCUGAGUUCACUGUUGCUGCUGAAGACUGUGUCUACAAACUGCCCGACAAUUUAGAUUUCACUCAAGGAGCUGCCAUUGGAAUCCCCUACUUCACUGCAUAUAGAGCUCUAGUUCACAAAGCAAGAGUCAAACCAGGGGAGACUGUGCUCAUCCAUGGAGCCAGUGGAGGAGUGGGAGUCGCAGCAUGUCAACUGGCCCGGGCUCUUGGACUCAAAGUUUUGGGGACUGCAGGGACCCCAGAGGGACUCAAGCUGGUUCUUAAUAAUGGGGCUCAUUUGGCUUUCAACCACAGGGAGGACGGGUACACAGACAAAAUAAUGGAAGCAACUGGUGGCGAAGGAGUUAAUGUGAUUGUGGAGAUGCUUUCAAAUGUGAAUCUUGAUAAAGAUCUGAAGAUGUUGGCCUAUGGAGGACGAGUUAUAGUGGUGGGCGCUCGAGGUUCCAUUCAGAUCGACCCCCGGGAUACAAUGACCAAAGAGAGUUGCAUCAUGGGAGUGGCACUUUUUUAUGCAACACGGGAGGAGCAGAUGGAGUGUGCAGCGUUCCUCUUCUCAGGGAUGGAGGCCGGAUGGCUGAAGCCCACUGUGGGACCUCAGUAUCCACUCCAAGAGGCACCUCAGGCUCACCACGACAUCAUAGAGUGUCCUGGAGCUUCUGGGAAAAUGGUCCUCACUAUGAAAUAAUGUUAUCCAUCUCAGGGCAGAGGUCAGGUCAGAAUCUAAAAUUAUGAUCAGUAUAAUAAUAAGAAUAUAAUGAAUAGUAAAAAAGGAUAAUUCACUAAUGCCAUGCUCGUAAUAUGCUAUCAUCAUGUGGUGCUGGUUUAAAUUAAUACUUUUAUACUAUGGCACUGGUUUUUACAAUUUUCACACCAAGUACUUGAUUUCUUUUAGAUGAUAUUAACUAUCAUACCUGAAGACACGAUAAAUGUUACUGAAACAAUGUACUCAACCAAAUGAACCAUUAAGAAAUAGAUUUCAUUGAUUUGAUGGCUAGACAAAAAUGCUAUAACUAGUUAAUGAAGAAUGCCUUUCACUCACUUUUGAUCACUUUUUAAAUAAUAAAACACUAUUUUGGUUUUGUAAUUUAUAAUGAAAUAAAAAUACAAUGAUUAAAAAGCAAAUAAAGUCAAAAUACAAGA